AUUCUGAAUUUGUAGAUGAUAGCUCCGAGAAGUUUGUUCAGAAUACAUUUUUUUUUGUCUGUGUUUCAUUCAAGUGUAAAUAUAUUCACUGUUGGUUUGUUCUGCCCACAGAGUACUAUCGGGGAGCCGCAGUACCACACGCUCUAUGAGACCUUUGCUCUGGCCAGUGAGAUAUACGAUAAAGGUUUUCACUACCAUACUGCCGUGGCAGCCAUGUGGGGCGACCUGGCUGUCGUCCUCUCUGAAUCCAAGGUCCUUCCAUUUUCUCUGGUCAAAUACUCAAACUUCAUCAGUAAGGCUCAGGAUGACAUUAUUGAGCGCUUUGGACCACUUAUUAAUUCACAGAAUAUUUCACUAGAACACUUUACUAAUGCUGGAAAGGCGAUAAAUGAGAGUGUUACCAACUUCAAUAAAGCACUGGAAUAUUUGGACCUGAAAAGGUUAGUGGUAGUAAUAAAGAAAUAUAUUUUUACUUACCUUCAGACCUUAUAACAGACAGACCUAAUA